AUGUCGAAGAUCACGGUCGCUGGUGUGCGUACCAACGUACAAGAACUCCUCAAGUACUCGAACGAGGAGAAGAAGCGCAACUUCCUCGAGACCGUCGAACUCCAGAUCGGCCUCAAGAACUACGACCCGCAGCGCGACAAGCGUUUCAGCGGUACCGUCAAGCUGCCCCGUGUCCCGCGCCCGAACAUGAGCAUUUGCAUCUUAGGUGAUCAGCACGAUAUCGACCGUGCGAAGCAUGGUGGUGUUGAUGCUAUGAGCUCGGAGGAUUUGAAGAAGUUGAAUAAGAAUAAGAAGUUGAUUAAGAAGUUGGCGAGGAAGUAUGAUGCUUUCGUCGCUUCCGACUCCUUGAUCAAGCAGAUCCCUCGUCUCUUGGGUCCAGGUCUUUCUAAGGCCGGCAAGUUCCCCACCCCCGUCUCCCACAACGAGGAUCUGGGUGCCAAAAUCACCGAAGUCAAGUCGACCAUCAAGUUCCAGCUGAAGAAGGUGUUGUGCAUGGGUGUCGCUGUCGGCAACGUGGACAUGAGCGAGGAGGAGCUUAUCGGCAACAUCAUGUUGUCCAUCAACUACCUCGUCUCGCUGCUGAAGAAGGGCUGGCAGAACGUGGGCUCCCUGACCAUCAAGGCCAGCAUGAGCCCGCCCAAGCGUCUCUACUAG